GGUCCAAAAAUCCCUUAUAAAUAACUGGCCGCUCUUUUUUGUGUGCUCCGUGAUUACUGAAAUCCUGGGGCAUCUGCAAUAUUAUACGAUCCUCUUUUCUCCUCAUAUUAACCAAUCUUCAAGGGAAAAAAUGGCACAAAAAGAUUCACUGGAGGAGUUAUUAGUCCAGGCAGUGGAUGCUGCUAAAAGUGCUGGAGAGAUCAUUCGUUCUGCGUUCUAUCAGACAAAGCUUGUAGAGCACAAAGGCGAGGUGGAUUUAGUCACAGAGACUGAUAAGAAAUGUGAAGAAUUCAUAUUCAAUUUUCUCAAACAACACUACCCUGAUCAUAAGUUCAUCGGGGAAGAAACUACGGCUGCUUGUGGUGCUACAGAAUUGACCGAUGAACCAACUUGGAUUGUUGAUCCCCUGGAUGGAACAACUAAUUUUGUGCAUGGGUAUCCUUUUGUAUGUGUUUCUAUUGGCCUGACAAUUGGACGAAUUCCAACUCUUGGUGUUGUCUACAAUCCUAUUAUGGAUGAGCUCUUUACUGCCAUCCGUGGAAAAGGUGCUUUUUUGAAUGGAAAACCUAUCAAAGUAUCUUCUCAAUCAGAGCUUGUGAAGUCCCUUCUUGCAACAGAGUCAGGAAUAAAGCUGGACAAGUCUACUUUGGAUGCCACCACAAAUCGAAUCAAUAGCUUACUCUUCAAGGUUAGGUCCCUUCGGAUGAGUGGCUCUUGUGCAUUGAAUCUCUGUGGGAUUGCAUGCGGAAGGCUCGAUCUAUUCUAUUUACUUGGGUUUGGACCUUGGGAUAUAGCAGCUGGUGCUGUGAUUGUAGCCGAAGCUGGAGGAGUUGUGUUUGAUCCGUCUGGCAAGGAACUUGAUAUCACAACUCCGCGAAUAGCAGCGUCGAAUCCUCUUCUCAAGGACGCAUUUAUUCAGGCACUGCAACAAUCAGAAUGAGAGAGACGUACGAGAAUUGCAGGAACUUCUUACAAGUUUAGUUUCUAUUUGCUUUAUCCAAGCAUCGUGAUCUGCUUGUCCUGGCUUUAUUCGAAAUGCAUGUGAUGUAUCUAAUCUUCAUGAACUGAGACAUCGAGCUGCCUCUACACCGUAAAAUUUGAAUUGGUAAUAAAUAACACGUCACUGUUGGGGAAUUUGUUAGUCUGA